CGGUGACAGCAGAAGGAGGCGCGCGAUGUCGGCCCCGGGCGCCGGGAGGCCGGAGGAGGACGCGCGGGGCGGACGCCCGGUGACCGCGGCCGACGUGCAGGAGCUGAUCCGGCGCAAGGAGGAGCUGGAGGCGCAGAUCCAGGCCAACUACGCGGUGCUGGACGGCCAAAAGGGCGUGGGGAUGACGGAGCCACUAGUGGACUGCGAGGACUAUCCCCGUGCUGACGUGGACCUAUACCAAGUUCGUACCGCCAGGCACAACAUCGCUUGUUUGCAAAACGACCACCAGGCGGUGAUGAAGCAGGUGGAGGAGGCUUUGCAUCAGCUGCACGCCCGGGACAAGGAGAAGCAGGCGCGGGACCAGGCUGAAGCCCGGCAGGAGGCCCAGGAGGCCUUGAGCUCAUCCCAGAGCCCCAGAGACUGGCCCCCGAGGGCCUUCGCCAGAGUGGGCGCCAUCAGCGUGGGCUCUCCCGCCAGCAACGCUGGCCUGCAGGUGGGGGACGAGAUCGUGGAGUUUGGCUCUGUCAACGCGCACAACUUCCAGUCGCUGCAAAACAUCGGGACUGUUGUGCAGCACAGUGAAGGGAGGCCCUUGAAUGUGACGGUGGUUCGCGGCGGCCAACAGCACCAGCUGAGACUCAUCCCCGAGCGCUGGGCAGGACGGGGGCUGCUGGGCUUCAACAUUAUCCCUCUGCAAAGAUGAGUGUCCCCGAGUGUUGGUUUACUGGUCCUACCCUCGUCAGUUUUAUACUGGACCCUAGUGUGUGAUCUGGUGAUGGAAUUACCGGAUUCCUGCCUACUUGGAAUUUCUUUUCCACCCUAGGGGUGGCCUGGUUCUUGCUAAUAAAGCUUGGGUUUCAGGAAAUAAA